AUGGAUUAUAUCAGGGCCGGGCUCCCCCGGCCCCUCCCUAUGCUGUGGUUCUGAUCUCCUGCUCAGGCUUGUUGGCCUUUAUCUUCCUCCUCCUCACCUGCCUGUGCUGCAAGAGGGGUGAUGUGGGUUUCAAGGAAUUUGAGAACCCUGAUGGAGAAGAAUAUUCUGGAGAGUAUACACCACCUGCCGAGGAGACAUCCUCCUCCCAGUCCAUCCCAGAUGUCUACAUUCUGCCUCUUUCUGAGGUUUCACUCCCAUCUUCCAGUCAACAGAUGCCCAAAACAGAUUUAGUGAAACACUUGGGUCUAAGUAGACAGCACCUCAGUUAUCUGCAGGAGAUUGGAAAUGGCUGGUUUGGAAAAGUUAUUCUGGGUGAAAUAUUCUCAGAUUUCACCCCUGCACAGGUGGUGGUGAAGGAGCUGCGUGUUAGUGCUGGACCACUGGAGCAGAGGAAGUUCUUGUCAGAGGCCCAGCCUUAUCGAAGCCUCCAGCAUCCAAACAUACUACAGUGCCUCGGCUUAUGCACAGAAACAAUACCCUUCCUCCUGAUCAUGGAAUUCUGCCAACUGGGAGAUCUGAAACGUUACUUGCGAGCUCAAUGCAAAGCAGAUGGAAUGACUCCCGAUUUACUGACACGCGACCUCAGCACAUUGCAGCGCAUGGCGUAUGAAAUCACGCUGGGAGUGUUACACUUGCAUAAAAACAAUUACAUUCACAGUGACCUGGCACUUCGGAACUGCUUGCUGACCUCAGAUCUCACCGUGAGGGUUGGGGAUUAUGGCCUGUCUCACAACAACUACAAGGAAGAUUAUUACAUCACUCCGAACCGGCUUUGGAUCCCUUUGCGUUGGGUUGCCCCAGAGCUGUUUGAUGAGAUGCAUGGAAAUGUCAUUGUUAUAGAUCAAACCAAGGAGAGCAAUGUUUGGUCAAUGGGGGUGACCAUCUGGGAACUGUUUGAAUUCGGCUCCCAGCCUUACCGGCAUCUUUCCGAUGAGGAGGUGCUGACUUUUGUCAUCAAGGAGCAGCAGAUGAAACUGGCCAAACCUCGCCUUAAGCUUCCUUACUCAGACUAUUGGUACGAGGUGAUGCAGUCAUGCUGGCUACCAGCUUUCCAUCGCCCAACUAUGGAAGAGCUGCACUUGCAGGUGAGCUACCUGUUGAAUGAGCGCUCCAAUGCUCAGGCAGAGGAGAGUUUUGAGUGGCGCUGGAGUGCCCUGAAACCCAUGCGUUCCUCUUCCCCACCACCGGCCUCCUCUUCUUCAGCACGCCAUCACUGCCCAUCAGAAGAGAUCUCAGCCUACCCACUCCUGGACGGAUUCCAUGCUGGAGACAUGGAUGACAUCCUGACUGUGACCGAAAGCAGUGGAGGGCUGAACUUUGAAUAUAUGUGGGAGAAGGCCCGGCUGGGGCGAUGGAAGGGCCCUGCCUCAGCACCACCCGAAUACCCCUCCAGCAAUGGUGGGCUAGCGGUGCCUGUCAGCAACCCUUUCUAUGAACAGGCAGUGCAUCGUGGGCACAGUCUGGAGACGCCCAGUGUUGUGCCUGUCAUCAGCGCCCGCAGCCCUUCUGUCAGCAGUGAAUAUUACAUUCGCCUGGAGGACCACGGUAGUGGUGAGGGGACGGUCUGUGCCCCCAGCCCUGGUUCAGCACCACAGCCCCUCUUUCCCUCCAAUUGGGAUUGCCACAAUGCCCCCCUUCGGCCACCUGAGCAGUCCAGUACUAACCCUUUCUUGUCUGGGGGCAGCGGUGAAAGCAAUCCUUUCCGUGUAGAUGGUGAGAUCCAAGAGACGUCACUGACAGAGACACCAACCACAGAGGGUGAAGCGUUCCUUGCAGAAUCCCUACUCACUGUGUAUCAGCAGCAUAGCUGGGAUGUUGAGAUGAUGGAAGAACGAGGGGCCGGGGAGACGCUGGCUGGGGACCCCUCAGAGUUCCAGGGGUCACCUUCCUGGAAACAGGAGCCUUCCCUGAUGGAGGACCACAGUUCUGGCAGUAGCACUGAUGAUGGUGGAAGCAGCAUUGGAGGAGGGCGGCGCAAACUUCUGCCCUGCCCCCUGUGCACUCGGGCACGUUGCACAUGUGCCAUCCCUCGAGGGGAUGUGGUAAGCAGUUGGAGCAACCAUGGCCCACCUUUGAGGCAUCCUCACCGGGAUAGCUAUGGCACUGAGGAUGACUCCUCACUCAAAGUGGAGCGGGGCUCCCUAUCUGACUGUUCUACAGUACCUCCUAGAGACUGUGAUGGAGAUACUGGGGAUCACAGUGAAUUUUAUGACCCACUUAUGGGCACAGCUGUAAAGACCUAUGAACUUCAAGAUUACCCAAAGCAGAGAGGUGGGGGAAACAUCCAUCCACCUGGAUCACCCUUUCCAACUAUGUCAUCCGCAUGCUGCAAUGUGAUUGUCCCUGUAGAGAUACCACCAUUAUCUACUCUAGCUGAGACUAACGAUGAGGAGACUAUUGCAAUUCUCCCAGAAGCUGUUGAUGGAUUUUCAGCUGGCCCUGCAGCCCUGAGCCUCUCCCCAGCAGCACCUGAUCGACAGAGAGGAACCUUAGACUCUGUAGAUUCCUUGGACAUUCCUUCUAAUACGAGCUCCUCAGAUGUCUGCAGCCCAGCCUCCCACUACUCCUCUCCAGGACAAAAAUUUGGGGACAGUGGCUAUGAAACAGAGAGCACCUUUUCACCUGAGUUCAUAUUUAAAGAGGAAUCACCUUCCUCACCUUCUGGAGAAGAGGAAGAAAUAGAAGCAGAGGAUGAUCCUGGCAAUGUCCCAGUAAUGCCCAUCUCUCAGUCCACUAGCGAUCUUACACUCUCAGCGAGCGAAGAAGGGACUGAACUUGAAGAAGAGGUAGGCAGGAGCUUGGGGCUUACAAUCCCUCACCGUGAUUCUGCUUACUUCUCUGAUGGGGAGGCUGAAUCCUCUGAGGCACCGAUUGUAACCAGAACUGAGGAAGAAAAGCCUUCAGAGAAGACAAUAGUAGAUGGAGGCUUUGUGGUUCAGGUGUGCAAAGAGCAGUUGUUGGUCACACUGCAAGAGAAUGUCACACGGAAUCUACUUUGCAGUCAGAAGGUGCCAAAAUUGGGCUUUUCACCAAUUGCCUCCUUAAAAGACCAAGCCAUUGUCAAGCUUUGGAGGCUGGAGCCAGAAGAGACACGGCAAACUGUGGAGGAGGAAGAGAAGGAAAAGAAGCAGCUUGAAUGGAAGGAAGAAGAAAGGAAGGAAGGAGAGAAAGCUAUUCAUACUGAGAUACAAAGUGAACCCAUGGCCAACAUGGAACAAUCACAAGAACCUCAGCAAGACACUUAUGUAGCAACUGACCAGCUCAAAAAGGAGCAGGAGCCUGGGGUCCCUAUGAAUCAAGCCAGUGAAGACAUCAAAGCCAAGCUAUCCCGUUUGUCUCUGUCACUGCCGCCACUGGCUUUGCAGAUGUUUUCCCCAUCUGGCGGAGCAAGGAAAGGACCAUUUUGGGAAGGAACCGCUUUGGGGGAGGGUCCGGCUCUGGGAGGGAGAGAGGCUUCCCUAGGAGCAGAAGAGGAAGAGGAUGCUGAAGAAGUCGAGGAAGGAGGCUUGGCUGAAAAUGGAGGGAGGGGUGUGCCCAUUGUGGUGAAUGAAAGCGAUGACGCCCGCAACUUGCGUGGCCUUCUCAAGUCACCUCGCUCAGCAGAGGAGGCAGCAGCUGAGUUUGACCGCAAGCGAAAAAUGGUCUCCUUCUUUGAUGAUGUCACCAUCUACCUCUUUGAUCAGGAGACACCAACCAAUGAACUGAGCUCACAGGGAGCCCCUGAUGGUGAUGCCCCUUCUCCUGGCUCAGCUGCCGAACCUGGACUUGAUGCGUUCCCACCAGCUGAUGGCUUCAGUGGCAGUUUUGAGUGGGACGAUGAUUUCCCCCUCAUGGCUCAGAACCCAUCUUACGUCUCCAUGGUGUCAGACCCCAGCACAGCACAGCCACACCCAGUCCUGUCUUCACCAGUGCCCAUGACACCUGCCUUGUUGCCAUCAGCCAAGCGGGCGGAGUCCAGCCUCGUGGACACUCUCAGAUUCUCUCGCUUCACCGUUUAUCCUGCCCUAGAGCCACAUCGGCCUCCAUCCUGUGAUUCUGAUUUGGGACCCACAGCUGAUGCUACUGAGAACUGA